CUAUCGAUCGCUUGCUUGCGAAGCUCCUCCUGCUGAUCACACUUAAUUUACAGUCAUGUGGACAAACCAUGAGAAGCGCAGCGUUCAGAGAGCCCCUAUAUAAACCUGCAAGUUCAUCUAUUUGGGGUCACUGAGUCAAGAAAGCAUCACUAUCAUCAUGUCUCACGGAUGGGGAUAUGCGGAUCAUAAUGGACCCCUCAAAUGGGUUGAAAGCUUUCCCAUUGCCAAUGGACCUCGCCAGUCUCCAAUAGACAUUACACCCAAAGGUGCAUCUUAUGAUUCUUCACUCAAGCCUCUUAAACUGAAAUAUGACCCCUCCACUUCACUGGACAUCCUCAACAACGGACACUCCUUCCAAGUGAACUUCGCUGAUGAUAACGACAGCUCAAUUCUGACCGGGGGGCCGAUCUCGGGCACCUACAGGCUCAAACAAUUUCACUUCCACUGGGGGGCAAGUGAUGACAAGGGCUCCGAACACACAGUGGAUGGGAAAUGCUAUCCAGCUGAGCUUCAUCUGGUUCACUGGAACACAAAAUAUCCGAGCUUCGGGGAAGCAGUCGAUAAGCCAGAUGGUCUCGCAGUAGUUGGAGUCUUUCUAGAGGUUGGUGCAGAAAAUCAUCAGCUUCAGAAUGUUCUAGGUGCUCUGGAUGCUAUUAAGUCCAAGGGAAACCAGACCUCAUUCAAGAACUUUGACCCCACCUUCCUGCUCCCAAAAUCUCUGGAAUACUGGACGUACCCGGGGUCACUGACCACACCUCCUCUGCAUGAAAGCGUCACAUGGAUUGUCUGCAAGGAGCCAAUCAACAUUAGCUCUGCUCAGUUGAAAAAAUUCCGCAGUCUGAUGUUUUCCGCAGAGGAAGAGGACGCCUGCUGCAUGGUGAAUAACUACCGCCCCCCUCAGCCUCUAAAAGGUCGUACUGUCCGUGCAUCUUUCAAGUGAAAAGCCCCCUGGACUUCCCUCUCCGCUCUCAUCUUUUCUUAAAUAGGACAUGCAGGCGUGGGGCCCGAGCUAAGGGCCUUUAAGGACCUUCACCCUCCAAACAGCAAUCCUGGUCAACCUGUCAGCAGACCAGCUGUGUUGUUUGGCUUUCUUUAUCUUUUUAUCUUUAUCUCUGAUUAGCAAAUCUGCUUUAUUAGCACAAAUGCUUGAAUUAUCUGUAUUUAAAAAUGGUGGCAACAUUGUACAAUGUUUUACAUGUGAUACACUGACAAACAAACAAGAAUACAAAGCAAGAGAAAAUAUUUAUGUGGGUAUAUAUAUUAAUAUAUACAGGGGGUAUUAUAGGCAUAUAAAGGAAUAGUUUACCUAAAAAUGAAAAAUUCUUUUUUUCUUCCAUGGAAUACAAAUGGAGAUAUUUUGAAGAAUGUACAAGCUGUUAUUUUCCAUACAAUAAAAUGGAUGGGGAUCAUGGACAGCUGUGGUCACCAUUCACUUUCACUGUAUGGAAAACAGCAGCAUGAGGGUGAAUAAAUGAUGACAGAAUUUUAAUUUUUUGGGUGAACUAUCCCUUUAAAUAUAUUUUUCAGUGAUAUAACGACUAGGAUAUUAUUUCAGAUUAAGACACCAGGGGUACAGCCGCUACCCGAACAGAUGCCAUCUGUGCUGGCUACUGCUGUCGUUUCCUGCCAGGCUUUAAUCUCUGGCUGCCUUAGCAUUGAUGCAGCUUAAUGAAACCAAAUGCACGCUGCUGUCAGGCUGCAAGAUCUAACAAAUCCUGCCUGACAAACAAGCACACUUGGCAAAAUGUCAAUAAGGGAACAUUGGGAAAUCACUCAAAAUAUGUAGCACAUAUAAUCAAAGUACUUGGGUUUGUAAUAUUUGUGCCUCAGAUUGUCAAAAUGGCUGCUUCUUUGUGUGUUUCUAUGUUAUCUAUAACACAUUAGCAAUUACUGCAUGCAAGCUUUAGCAGUUAGGUUUGUUUUCCUUAAAUAAAUCCUUAAAUGUGUUAUUACUUGUUAAGUAGUUUUGCGCUGAAAGAGUAGUUAGCACAGAGGUACACAAGCAACACGCAAGUCUUAAAACAGUAGAUGCCAAUAGAUAAAUCUUGCAGUCUAGAAGUUUUAGAGAGGAGAUCGCCAUUUCCUCUCUGGGACCAGGGGCUUAUGUCUCAUGAAAUGCGUAUGAAGGUAGAAUAAAUUGUGUAACUUGUACUGAAUUUAUUUUACUUGAAAUCGAGGGCUACCUCUACUGUAUGUCAAGCAAUAUUGUUCAGCCAUAUUCUGUUCUGCAAUAUUCAAAGAGGAUAUUUUAAAUAAAGAUAUUUUAUGCUCAU